AUGAAGAACCAAACCACUAUCGAUGAGUUCAUUCUUCUGGGGUUUUCCUAUGGGAUGCAGAUCCAGACCUUAAUUUAUCUGGUCUUUCUUGUCACCUAUAUGGUGACAAUCACUGAGAAUGCAAUCAUCAUCUUUGUGGUGAAAAGGAACCAUCAUCUACAGAAGCCCAUGUAUUAUUUCUUGGGAAACUUGUCCUUCCUGGAGAUUUGGUAUGUCUCAGUAACAUUGCCCAAGCUUUUGUUUGGGUUCUGGUCACAGAACAAGACCAUUUCAUUCUCCAGCUGCAUGACCCAGUUAUACUUCUUUAUCUCCCUCAUGUGCACUGAAUGCGUCCUCCUGGCUGUAAUGGCCUAUGACCGCUACGUGGCUGUCUGUCAUCCCCUGCGCUACCCAGCCAUCAUGACCCACAAGUUGUGCUUUCAGCUGUCAAUUCUUUCAUGGACAGGAGGCUUUUCUAUUUCCUUGGUCAAGGUAUCUUUUAUUUCACGCCUCACAUUCUGUGGCCCACAAGUCAUAAACCACUUCUUUUGUGACAUUUCUCCAGUCUUGAACCUUUCGUGCACUGACAUGUCCCUUGCAGAAACAGUGGACUUUGCACUGGCUUUGGUGAUCCUUCUGGUACCUCUCCUGAUCAUUAUUUUCUCUUAUUGCUGUAUCUUGUCAACCAUCUUGCGUAUGCCUUCAACCCAGGGAAGGAGAAAAGCUUUUUCCACUUGCACAUCCCAUUUCACUGUUGUCAUCAUCUUCUUUUCAGCCACUCUCUUUAUGUAUGCCAGGCCCAGAAGGAUCCAUCCAUUCAACCUCAACAAGAUAGUGUCCAUCUUUUAUGCUGUAUUCACUCCAGCGCUAAACCCUCUAAUCUACUGUCUCAGGAACAAGGAAGUGAAAGAGGUUCUGAGAAAGAUCAUAGUCACAAGCUGCUCUAGUCACAGGUGCCUAGGAUGA